AAGACGGCAUGGCGAAUAAAGAUCCAGGUGGUCUGUUGCAGCAGCUAAGGCAGAUUGCUAGCAGAAUGUCCUCUAGUCCAAGAGGUGCUGGACUUGGUGUCAAACUACUUAUUGGGGCAGGAGCUCUUGCUUAUGGCUUCAAGGAAGCCACAUACACAGUGGAAGGUGGCCAGAGGGCCAUUAUCUUCAACCGGAUUGGUGGGAUGCAAAUGGACACAGUACUGGCUGAGGGGCUACACUUGAAGAUACCAUGGUUUCAGUAUCCCAUCAUCUAUGACAUCAGAGCAAGACCCAGGAAGAUAUCUUCCCUCACUGGAAGCAAGGACCUGCAGAUGGUGAACAUCGCCCUGCGUGUGCUGUCCUGGCCUCUGGCCUCCAACCUGCCCUUAAUGUACCAGCAGCUGGGGAAGGACUACGAUGAGAGGGUGCUGCCCUCCAUCGUCAACGAGGUGCUGAAGAGUGUGGUAGCAAAGUUCAACGCCUCACAGCUCAUCACCCAGAGAGCCCAGGUGUCUCUGCUCAUCAGGCGAGAGCUCUAUGAGCGGGCAAAGGACUUCAACAUCAUCCUUGAUGACGUGGCCAUCACCGAGCUGAGCUUCAGCAGGGAGUAUACUGCUGCGGUGGAGGCCAAGCAAGUUGCCCAGCAGGAGGCGCAGAGGGCCCAGUUCUACGUGGAGAAAGCCAAGCAGGACCAGAGACAGAAGAUCAUCCAAGCUGAGGGAGAAGCUCAGGCUGCCAAAAUGUUGGGAGAGGCAGUGAAAAAGAACCCUGGUUACCUGAAACUCCGGAAAAUCAGGGCAGCCCAGAACAUAGCAAAGACGGUGGCAACAUCACAGAAUAAGGUGAACCUUAGUGCAGACAGCCUGGUUUUGAACCUACAAGAUAACUUGAGCUUCAACAAUUUGACGUUGCAGAAGUAAAAUAAAGCAUCUCUGAAGAGUGUAUGCAUUCCUCAUGUCACGUUUGAGCCAUCUCUGUAGAUCACGUUUCACUCCUUCACUUCAGUGGUGCUGAACACAGGUCCUGGGGGAGACCCAUGUUUACAGGUUGUCAGCCCAGAUGUUGUCAGUGAAUAAGGCCCAAUUUGUGUUGUUAAGGACUGAUUUCUGGGAUCAUGUUACAAAAGUAAGCCUGGUUUACCUCAAUCAUAAUUGCCAGGUUUUUAAAGAUGAACUGAACUAAUUUCCUUAUUACAGUGCCUCAAUCUUGUUGGGUUUAAGCAAGGUACCAUAAUGGCAGUAAAUCAAGUGAUUUCUCUCCAUCAGUGUUGUCACUACACGCCUGCCUUGAAUGAAUUAGUCUCACAGAACAACCUAUUUGGGUCUACUUUGUCCUAUGAACAAAGGGAAUUGACAUCAUCUAUAGUUAGCUACAUUUGGGGGGGGGGUGACAGGAGCAGCAGGGUCAUAUUGCAAAGAGAUCUUUUCCCCCCUCUGGCCAUCUGGGAGGAUGCUAUGUUUAAAUAUUCAUGAAGUGAAGGGGGUUGGGAGAGGGAAGGAGUUUGGGAUUGGCUCCCGCCAAUUUAUCACGCUGAGCCUUAGCCAACCAGGUGUGACUGUAUUGUUUGAAUGAUACAGAGAAGAAAGUUUUAUUAUAUAUGAGGUGAGAAUUGAUGAUGUGAUGUGAAUUCAGGUGUGAAACCCCCCAAAAUUCAAUAAAAUAACCCUGCUUACGCUACACCCAAUCCGGCUCUUAACUGACUUUCAUGCAAACAUCCAACACACUAAUGACUGUUACAUAUUUAAUCACAGCUGAUUUUGCGUUAAAGAAAUACCAACACUUUUCACAUGCCCUAGUGGAAGGUUACCUCGUCAUUUCAUCUCUGUGGCUUCAGUUUGUCUGCAGAGCAUCAAGGGUGAUUUGCUAAUAGGAGGAUGGUUACUUUUGCAGCUUGGAGAUACUGUAGUGAACUCAAACACAUACACAGGACUCCCCUUCCAACAUCACUCUUUCUGCAGAACAUAAACAAAGACAGAUUAAUGUUCAGUUGGUCCAUCUCCAUGGAAACACUAACCUCACACUGUGACCAGCAUUGGGCCGGUAGUCAUGGCGAUCUUCCGCCACCCUUUGUCGGAGUGCUAGAUCUGCCCCGGUCGCUGUAGCGCACUGCAAUGCAGUUAUAUGUCGUCUUUUUUCUAUCGGGGAAGUUUUACACUUCCCAUGUAACGCAUUCACAUGUCAACUGUCUGUGCCUCUAAAGCAAUCCUCCCUUACCUAUGUUUCCCUUUUAAAUGUUUUCCCCCUGAAGACUGUUAGGGAGACUGCAAUCUGACUAUAGCCCAUUAGCGAGCAAUGACACUGUCUGUUUUGGGUGUGAACUGACUGCAUAGGACUUGCCGGGGUGACAGCUUUACUGGUGUCAUAAUGUUCUCAUAACAGAUGGGAUGUUGAGAUUACUUGUGCACUUUGCUGUGAACUGGUGGCAUGUCCUUGCUGAUGCCGCAGUCUCCAGGGAUCCAGAAUAUGGCCUUUCUCUUCUAUUUGUGACAGGUUUUUCACCAGAGAAGGUAAUACGGAGGGGACACACUUCAGGCUUAUGACAAAUCAUUUGCCAUCAGGCUUGGGCCAUGGCUGAAGAUCAUUACUAAGCAGAGCAACCUUGUAAUGUCAGCAUCCAUUUCUCAAGAGAGACUGUCUUUAUCAAGUCAAACUCUGAUUUCCUGUAUCCUUUAGGAGACGACUAGAUUAUCGAUGAUCUGGCAUGGGGCUCUGAACAUUGAGCUCCCAGCAGGUUUGAUAAAUAUGUGCCACUCGUCGUUGGAGAGGCCCACUUGAUUUGCUGAGCAGAUUUGGCUGAUUACCCUGCUUCUGUUUAAUGGUUAGCCUCAUUAAAGAGUCUAAGGGGAAUAGGAAAAUCUUGCCCUAGUUCACAAAACGUUCUUCAUGCUUGUUUUUUUCUCAUUUUCAUUUAGAGACCUUUUACCUACCCGCAAAACUUGACUGACUCAGAAUGAUCAUCUAUGCAAGCUUGGCAUUUUCCA